AUGUAUCGGAAGUUGUCUAAGUUAGAACACUCGGAAAUAAAACAACUUCUUACAGAAGCUAAUAUAGAUGUUGCAAAGCAUUACGCAACAAACAAAAAAGCACUCGCUGACAUCCUCAAUGACUAUAAUGGUGCAAUAAGUUAUGAUAGAAUUCAUGAGUUCAUAAAGCCGCAACGCGGCGAGGACGAAGUCCAUGCAAGAGCAUUUCCUUUAAAUGACGUUGCUAUUGACUUAUAUCAUAGACGUUCAGUACCUCAUGAAGUAAGAAGAGAAAUGUUUGACAUAACAAAUGCGAACGUUGGUGAAACAAGAAGAAGAGACGACACACUGAAACAACAGAGAAGAGAGAUGUUUAAGAGCGCUAUAGAACAAGUUCGCAAAGCUAACGAUGUCCUUCGUUCCAUUGACGACAAACCAAAAGAAGGUGAGAGAUGGUUAAAGAAAGAUGAAGAGAAUAGGAAGAGGAAUGUUAAGACAGGCAAUAGACUCAUUGACUUUAACAUCGAAGCUUUAGAUGAACCAAACAGAGACUACUUACACAAACAUUUCGGUAAGGUUUUCAUGAGACUCUUAGAGAAGAUUAAAAUAAACUCCCAACAAAGAUGGAUGGUAUGUUAUAAACUUGGUGGAAA